CCUCCAGGUUCAUAAUUUCCUUUCUGAUGAUGUGUAUACUCCAUACAAAUUCUUUAUGUUUACGAUCUGCAGUAUAAUCAUAAAUAUAGUUUGACACUAUUUGAUAAUUUUUUAAAUUUAGGAUGUCAUCUGAAAUAGCACAUGCCUCAGAUACACUUAGAAUUCUUCAUUUGCCACCAGAACUUUCUGAUGAACGACGUAAUGAAUUAUUCAAAAAAUAUGGUGCUACUAAAACCCGAACUUUGAGGUUUUCUAAAAAGUACACUAUAACUUUUGCAAAAUUUCAAUCUCAAGAAAUAGCCACACAAGCAUUGUUACGUUUACAUCAAUUAAAUGUCAAAGGACAAUAUUUAACAGUUGAAUUUGCUAAAAAGUCUAUGUCAAUAGAAAAAACAGAAAAUAAUGUUGAUAAUGACAAACUAAUAAAAGAAGAAAGUAAGAAGGAAUCCAUAAACAGAUCUAACUUUCAAACAUUUCUACAGAAACUAAAUAGUUGGACUAUGAACCAAGUUUUUACUCAGCCACCUCCACCAAAUAUACAAUAUAAAUAUUCAGCACCAACAAAAGGCACUUUAAUAAGAAUAGCCAUACAAUUAUUAAAAGAACCAGUGUUUUAUACUCAGGUUUUACAUUUGAUGAAUAGGAUGAAUUUACCACCUCCUUUUGAAGAGUUAGAAGCAGAAUUUCCAGCACUUAAGGAAGCUUAUGAUAUAGAAAAGUAUAAUGAUAUUUUUAUAAAAGAAAGUUUAUAUACUAAAGAAAACGAAGAUAUUUUCAAUGAGGAAAUAGAAGAAGAGGAAUCGGAAAUAGAGUCAAAUGAGGAAGAUAAUGCAAAACAUAUGGAAAUUAUACCUGUAAAAAGAAAACGUCUGCAACAUAAAAAACGUUUAAAAAUUCCAAAAUUUAUUAAUCCAAAUAAACAAAUAACAUCUUCAAUUUCUACACAAAAAGUUGUAAAACCAGCAGAUAUGUUUGAGCCAGUACAACGUGGUGAAACAAAAAAUCUUAAAAUUGAACUGAAAAUGGUGGAUAAACUCUUAGAUGCUUCAAAUAAAGAGGAAAAUACUGAUUCUAACAAUGCUGCAGAUGGUGGCUUUGGUUUAAUGUUUCCACUUUCUAAACCCCUUGAUCUUGCUGAAAAUAGCAAAAAUACUAAGGGUGUUGAGCAAGAAGUAAUUACAUCUAAUCAAUUAGCAAAUAACAGAAUUUCGGCUAAUGAUCAAAGAUUACUUCCUGUUUUUAAAAAUUACCAUCCUGGAAAACCAUCAAAUCGCUUAUAUAUAAAGAAUCUUACAAAGCAAGUUGAAGAGAAGGAUCUACAUUUUAUUUACCGGAAAUAUAUAGUACCUGAAUUAAAAACAGAAUUUGAGUAUGAUGUAAGACUUAUGCAAGAAGGUAGAAUGAAGGGUCAAGCAUUUAUCACAUUGCAAAAUGUAGAACAAGCACAGUUAGCUCUUAAUGAAACAAAUGGUUUUAUUGUAAAAGAUAAGCCAAUGGUUGUACAGUUCGCUAAAAUAUCAAAAAGUUAAUAAGAAUUUUGUUUAAUAUGUUAUAUGUAUUAUAUUAUUUAUAGUCAAUACUAAUUUUAAUAAAGACAAAUUUUUUACAUGCCUAGUAA